AUGGAUGUGGCCAUGCGAGCAGCUGUUAAUGCGGUGGCGGAGCUUGAGCGCGGCAAUGGCGAGCGCAUGGCGCGGCGAGCAAAGGCACGGAGGCUCAUCUACAUCACCGGAUGGUCCGUGUUCCACACCAUACACCUGGUGCGCGACGGCCACGGGGGCAUGGCGCUCGGCGACCUGCUCAGGAGGAAGUCGCAGGAGGGGGUGCGGGUACUGCUGCUCGUGUGGGACGAUCCCACGUCCCGGAGCGUCAUCGGCAUCAAGAUGACUUCAUUUGGGAUCUCAGAAAGAAAAAGAAAAACUUUAUGGAUACAUGUAGUCGCCGUAAAAAUGUGGCAAUAA